AUGUCGAUGAGUACGGACGUGUGCGUUAAAUGCUCCGAUAAUUUUAUUGUUAAUAAUAAAACUAUAGAAUGUAAGAUCUGUAAAUGUAUUGUUCACGCUGCGUGUGUGUAUAUUAAAGAUUCUUGGCUGAAAGGUUUCUCUGAGAAUACUAACAUAAAGUGGUUGUGCGAUUUGUGCAACGAAAAAUGGUUGUCGUUGACUAAUGAACUGUCGUUAACUAAUGCUAAUAGUGUAUUUCUUCUGAAAAAGAAGGUGGAUGGCCUGUCAGUUGAGAAAACUCUUCUCCAAAAACUGGUAGAUAGCUCAGAAUACACAAUAAAAAUUCAGAAAAGUCUUAUAAAUGAGUAUGAGGAAAAAUUAUCCCAAUUUGGAGGUCAAAUGAAGGUCAAGCGAACCCAAUUUGGGUGAUAUUGAGCGGUUUUUUGAAAAGCUUGCACUAUUGCUUGAUAUCCUGAAUGGUGAAAGGUCUGCAAGGUUUGUCAUAGUGGGUGAUUUUAAUGUGGAUAUACUCAAACCAAAUCACAGGGAUACACAAACUCUGUUGUCUGUGCUACACUCGUAUGGUCUUCAACCAAUUAUUAGUGAACCAA